AAUACAUAGAGAGAUAGUGAUGUCUAAAUAAAAUGAUAAUCAUAUAAUUUAACAAGGGGAGAACAAAGCUAAAUACUAACUAUAAAUAGACUAAUGACAAGACCCACUUUGUGAAAGAGAACGAUUGCUAUAUUUGCAAGAAGGAAAAAAGCUGUUAGGUUUUGAUUUCUUUGUUAUCCGUAAAGUUUUAUAUUAAUAUACUUAAGUUUGCUUAGCUGAUAAUCAUGGGGAAAGGAUUUAACGUAGUUGUGGUGAGAGAGUAUGAUCCAAAGAGAGACUUAACGAGUGUGGAAGAGCUUGAGGAAAGCUGUGAAGUCGGAUCUUUAUUAGUGGAUCUCAUGGGUGACCCUCUUGCCCGGAUCCGACAAUCUCCUUCUUUCCACAUGCUGGUACGUAUAUGUGACUAUUUAUACGUUUAUGUCAAAAAUGGGUUUGAUUCGAGUUUUUGGCCAAUGCAUGUGACAGGUGGCAGAGAUCGGUAAUGAGAUAGUCGGGAUGAUCAGAGGAACGAUCAAAAUGGUGACACGUGGUGUAAAUGCAUUACGUCAAGCCGACGACGUUUCGCCGGAAAUAAACACCACCAAACUUGCCUUCGUCUCCGGCCUUAGAGUCUCUCCGUUUUACAGGAGGAUGGGAAUUGGACUGAAACUGGUGCAAAGACUUGAAGAGUGGUUUCUACGAAACGACGCCGUUUACUCCUACGUGCAAACUGAAAACGACAACAUAGCUUCGGUCAAACUCUUCACCGAGAAAAGUGGUUACUCCAAAUUCCGUACACCAACUUUCUUGGUCAACCCGGUCUUCAACCACCGAGUCACUGUCUCUCGACGAGUCAAAAUCAUCAAACUCGCUCCCUCCGACGCUGAGUCACUCUACCGCAACCGAUUCUCAACCACCGAGUUUUUCCCUUCGGACAUCAACUCAAUCCUCACCAACAAACUCUCCCUCGGCACUUAUCUGGCUGUGCCACGUGGAGGAGACAACGUUUCCGGGUCGUUACCCGACCAGACCGGGUCAUGGGCCGUUAUAAGUAUUUGGAACAGUAAAGAUGUUUACAGACUUCAAGUCAAAGGAGCGUCGCGUCUUAAACGCAUGUUAGCUAAGUCAACGCGCGUUUUCGACGGAGCGUUUCCGUUUUUGAAAAUCCCGUCGUUUCCCAAUCUUUUCAAGUCGUUCGCGAUGCAUUUUAUGUACGGUAUCGGUGGCGAAGGGCCACGAGCGGCGGAGAUGGUGGAGGCGCUUUGCUCACACGCACAUAACUUAGCUAGAAAAAGCGGUUGUGCCGUCGUGGCUGCUGAGGUGGCGAGCUGUGAGCCGCUCAGAGUUGGGAUUCCACAUUGGAAGGUGCUCUCGCCGGAGGAUUUGUGGUGUUUGAAACGUCUCCGAUAUGACGAUGACGGCGUAGACUGGACCAAGUCACCACCUGGAUUGUCUAUUUUCGUUGACCCUAGAGAAAUAUAAUAAUUUGUAUAGAAUAUAUUAAGAGGACUCUAACAAUUGCAACCAAACACACAAACAAAAAUUACAGAAUUAAAUACCAAAUCUCAGUGUUAUACUUACUUACUCUUCAUACAAUGUCUAGAUUUACCUGUAAUUUCACACUUAGAAGUUGUUAAUAAUUUGGAUUACAAGCACAAGCUAGUAAUACAAGUGUAUGUGUUAAUGUGUACCAAGUGUAACAGGAAUUAAAUAUUUAUGUUUUAACGGA